UCUUGCACGAGAUCCUGAUACUCAGGAUAUUGUUUUCUACAGAUUUGGGUGACACAACCGUCGCUGAAGAAAAAGUUUUCUUUCCUAAGCGACAUCUCUUCUCCUAUGGUGUGUUUACUGGUGCAAAGACAUCCUGUCAUUCACUUGACAUCACAGAAAUAACAAAUGACAACUAUCCAAUCAAUUCCAGAGAUUCUACAAGCAAACAUUCAGUUUCCAAUGUUGAUUAAGUAUCGCUAUUUUUUUUUCCAUAGCACAGAAUAUGUGUAGAAGCAGAUUUUUUUUUACAAUCUCUAUUUUCUUACUUUUUCUACAGCUGUUGCAGUCCAGCAAAGCUCGUUCUCGUCAUUUUGUAAGUGGUGUUAAGUGGACAUAAGUGCACUCAAUAACAUGGCUGAUGUCAGCCAUAACAGCUCCUUUAAUCAAAGCUCAGAAUAUGGAAAUGUCUACUGGCCACAGACAGUGUUCAGUGUCUUGACGUUCACACUGCUGGCAAUGCUUGUGGUGGCUACAUUUUUCUGGAACAUGCUCGUCCUUGUCACAAUUCUCAGAGUCAGAACAUUCCACCGUGUGCCCCACAACCUGGUGGCAUCCAUGGCCAUAUCUGAUGUUAUGGUGGCUGCUAUGGUGAUGCCUCUCAGUCUUGUCCAUGAGCUCAACGGUCGGAGAUGGAAGCUGGGCCGAGCUCUCUGCCAAGUCUGGAUAUCUUUCGACGUCCUGUGCUGUACGGCCAGCAUUUGGAAUGUGACCGCAAUAGCCCUUGACCGUUACUGGUCCAUAACGCGCCACCUGGAGUACACGUUGAAGACCCGAAAGAAGAUCUCUAAUGGGAUGAUUGGCUUGACCUGGCUGCUCUCGUCUGUUAUUUCCCUCUCCCCUCUGUUUGGCUGGGGUGAGACCUAUUCAGAGAUGGACAUGGAAUGCCAGGUGAGCCAGGAGCCGUCUUACACCAUCUUUUCCACAUUCGGGGCCUUCUAUCUGCCUCUCUGUGUUGUGCUGUUUGUCUACUGGAAGAUAUACAAAGCUGCUAAGUUCCGUAUUGGAUCCAAGAGGACCAACACCAUCACUCCAGUUGCAGAGGCUGGAGAGGUAAAAGAGGCCUCCAGGCAACAGCCUCAGAUGGUGUUCACGGUCCGCCAUGCUACUGUGACAUUUCAGACUGACAGUGAGACGUGGCGAGAACAGAAGGAGAAGCGAGCGGCUCUGAUGGUGGGCAUCCUCAUCGGAGUGUUCGUCCUGUGCUGGAUCCCUUUCUUCCUCACCGAGCUCAUCACUCCGUUGUGCUCCUGUCACAUUCCUCCGAUAUGGAAGAGUGUCUUCCUCUGGCUGGGCUACUCCAACUCCUUCUUCAACCCACUCAUUUACACAGCCUUCAACAAGAACUAUAAUAACGCUUUCAGGAAUCUCUUCUCCCGCCAGCACUGAGAGAUAGCAGAUGUCUUGGCCUCGGCACAAAUGCCAGUUUAAACCACCCAUUUAGAAGUGUGGUUAUCUGAGCUCUUCAAAAAGCACAGCUUUACAAACGGAAUGAUGUCUGGGCUUUUAAUGCCAGGAAAAGUGACCAAUUGACCCAGUGUCUAACAGUGAAGGACACUCAUCAGAAAUGUCAGUCUGUCCUCUGCAUUCAAUGAAUAUAGACUGAUUCUGGCAUUUGACAGUCCGUUUAUAUUUACAGUUUGACAAUUUUAAGUAUACUAGUUUUAAAACAUUAUGUGACUUCAGUAGAAUGAGUAUAAAUUGAGUAUAUUCAUAACACUUUCUUUUUGAGAAAUGUAUUCAGCAAGGGUGCUUUAAAUCAAGUGACAGUUGGCAUUUAAUUAUACAAAAGAUUUAUAUUUCAAAUAAAUGCUGGUCUUUUGAUAAAAUCCUGUAAAUAAGUAACAGUUUCCACAAAAAUAUUAGCAGCACAACCGUUA